GCCGCGCCGCCCAGCAGGGCUCCGGCGGCGCCAGGAUGUAGGCGCGGGGCGGCGGGGAGCUGCCGCUGGCCUCGGGCUCGCCAUGAAGAAGCACUCGGCCAGGGUGGCCCCCCUCAGCGCCUGCAACAGCCCCGUCCUCACCCUCACCAAAGUGGAAGGGGAUGAGCACUCCCGGGAAUCUCCAGCCCCAGCCGAAGCACAGAUGCAAGCUGGGGUGGAAGGCAGUGGAAGGGUGAACCGCUGUUGUUGGAAAUGCUCCGUGACGCAGCUCAAGAAGUUUUUCUGGGGUGUCGCUGUGGUCCUGGGUGUCUGUUCCUCCUGGUCAGGUUCAACCCAGCUUGCAAAACUGACCUUUAAGAAAUUUGAUGCACCCUUCACUCUAACAUGGUUUGCAACAAACUGGAACUUUUUAUUCUUUCCUUUGUAUUAUCUUGGACAUGUUUUUAAGUCAGCUGAAAAGCAGUCUCCACAUCAAAGAUACAGGGAGUGCUGCCGGUUUUUUGGAGACAACGGCUUGACUUUGAAGGUGUUUUUUACCAAGGCAGCACCCUUCGGUGUUCUUUGGACACUGACAAACUACCUUUACUUACAUGCAAUAAAGAAAAUAAACACUACGGAUGUCUCCGUGUUGUUCUGCUGCAACAAAGCUUUCGUGUUCUUGCUUUCGUGGAUCGUUCUGAGGGACAGGUUCAUGGGAGUGAGGAUCGUGGCUGCUAUAUUUGCCAUUGCAGGGAUAGUUAUGAUGACGUAUGCUGACGGGUUUCACAGCCACUCCGUUAUCGGGAUAGCCCUGGUGGUGGGCUCUGCCUCCAUGUCUGCUCUCUACAAGGUUUUAUUCAAACUUCUUCUGGGCAGUGCUAAGUUUGGAGAAGCCGCCUUAUUUCUGUCUGUGUUAGCUGUCUUCAAUAUCCUCUUCAUUACCUGUAUUCCUGUCAUCCUUUAUUUUACCAAAGUGGAAUACUGGAGCUCUUUUGAUGUCAUUCCUUGGGGAAACCUUUGUGGAUUUUCAAUUCUCUUAUUGACAUUCAAUAUUCUAUUAAAUUUUGGAAUUGCUAUUACAUACCCCACCUUGAUAUCUCUUGGAAUUGUACUGAGUGUCCCAGUAAAUGCAGUCGUUGAUCAUUACACGAGUGAAAUUAUCUUCAACAGUGUCCGAGUAAUUGCCAUCAUCAUUAUUGGCCUGGGCUUCCUCCUGUUGCUCUUGCCAGAAGAAUGGGAUGUCUGGGUGAUAAAGCUCCUCACGCGUCUCAAAGUCCGGAAGAAGGAAGAUAUUCCUGAAGGGAACGGAGACAUUGCGUCAGGACUGCCUAACAAAAGCCGGAGAACUCGCCCCUCCAUGUCAUCCUUUGCUCAUUAAAUGCUCUUUUUACCAAAACUCUGUGGUUAACCUUAUAUAUGACGAUGCAAAGGUCUUUCUUUGAAAGAAGCACACCUGUCCAACAUGGUGUACAUACUUGUACAGUUUUGAUAUGAUCACCAUCUAAGGCAUCAAGUCUUGGCAUGUCCAGUUUGCUUGUACUUUUUUCACAUCAGACCUUUCACUUAAGUAGUACACUGAAAAAAACUGCAAACCAAGAACCUCUCCUCUCUUUUUAAAUGAAUGUAAUAUAUAGUCAAAAUAUAUUUGCAUAGGUUAUUUUAAAGAUUGAUUUUCAUGAGAAGCAGGGCAGACAUUUUGAACAUUAGGUACUGAAUGAUGCAUUGCACACUGUGAUUUAAAAGAAACAAAUGCUAUGCUACAUCACAUGUUUAUUUUUGACCAGAGCUAUACUUUGAAAGUUUUCAAGGAACCAAAAGAGAAUCUUUUUGGACACAGGAAGGUGGGGGGAAGAGCAGAGGGAAGGAGGUUUAGAAAUCACUCUGUGUAGAUGAGCACGUUACACUAAAACCAGAUGAAAAUUCAAGUGUUAUAAUGCUUGUACUAAAGUGCUGGGGGGGGCAAUCUAGACCCCAAAACUCCUUAUACUGCACAUGACUGUAGUCCAUGUUUAAAAUCAUGCAAGAGAAAUCCAGUGCCUUCUACAGAACUCGUCUUUAUCCAUGUAGGACCAGGUCCCACCACAAGACACUUGCAAUGCAGGGCCCAGGCUUGCAGCUCCAGGGGAUCCCAAAUUCCCACCGGCAUCAAGAUGUGUCCCCCCAUACGCACUGUGGCUUCUGUGGGAACGCAGGGUCCAGGGGCUGCAAGUCUGCACCCAGGAGACCUGAUUCUCUUCUCACUUGCACAGGCUUUACCCCUGUGCGGAGCUGCACUUGAUUAAUGUUUUGUGAGAAAGGGGGAAUCUUGGUCAUGUGUGGAAAAAUCUGACCGAAAAUGAGCGAUGGAGCUGACAAGAACGUGGUUGCUACUAUACAGUCUGAGAACACGGACUAAGGGGGUGAAUCGGCAGUUGCUUUUACUCCAUAACUGAGAGUGUUAACAGUUAAAAAUGUAAGAUAUUUACAUCAAAUGUAACACUUUUUAUGAAACUUGUAAGCACCAGGAUGUUUACUUAUGCGAUUUUGGUUCGCCAUUAAAUUUCUAUCUGUGAUAGAUCACAUGCUAUGUAAAAAGGGAAAAAAAGGUUAUAGUUUACUAUUUUUGAAGUUUACAUUGUUGCAUAUGAAAUUAAAGUGUUCUUUUGAACCACUGCCAUAACCCAAGGGUCCCUGCUGUCACUGAGGCCAUCUUUGUCUCAGGCAGGGGUGGCAUCCACUUCAAACCAUUUGAGCAAA